CCGUGAUCCCCUCCGCGACCCUCCCUCCCUCCACCCACCCCGGCUGCCGCCCCCGCCUGCCCCCGCGCUCCCCUCCGCACCCGAGUGCGCCCCCGCCUACCCCGCGCGCCUCCCCCCGUGACAGUCGCCUCCGCGUCCGGCGCCCCCGCCCCCGUCUACUGCGACUUCCGUCGCGAGCUCCGUCAGGUCAUCCCGACCCUUCCCCCUAGAACCCCACUCCGCGCCCCUCCCGUGUCCCACAGCACCGGCACCGCUCGGUGCUCGCACCACCCCGCGCUGUCGACCCCGCCCCCCUCGCUCCUCACAAAAGCCGCCAAAACCCUAGCGCCGCCAUCAGGAAUCCAGCGAGGAGCACCAAAAAACAGAUAUCAACUUUGAUGCGUACGAGGCCAUCGACGCCAUCCACCCCCGCACCGACGCCCAGGCUCUAGCGAUCCGGACUGCCCCGCGCCACCAUCUGCCUCGUUGCCCCGGCACCCCCGCGUCGACUUUGGCGACCAGGCAUGCCCAGCGCCACCCUCUGCCUCCAGCGACAUCCCCUCAGCAUCCCAUGCCCUCGCCUCUCUCCGGCCGCACAGGAAGUUCCUAUGAGCCCCUAUUGUUGUUCCGUUGCCCAAACCCUAAGAUUGAUUUUCUAUUCGUACCUACUGGUUUGGAUGCAGCAUAUGCAGGAUGAGGAUGUCGGGCGGCCGUACAGGAAGUUCCUCUGAGCAGCGUCACAGCCUGCAAGAGGAUUCCAUUUUCUGUAUGUGUUGUGGAAAUCAUUUGAUAGGAUUAGUGUCAGUAUAUUGGUUCCUGCGAUGCUGGUGUUCGUUUCUGGGAUUAUCAAGUAUGGGGAGAGGGUGUGGGCUCUGAAGAGUGCGAGCCGAAAGGGCCUUGACAAGACAUCAGCUAAUCCCAGUUCACAUGAAGACACAAUCGAUGAUGUAUUGACUUGUACCAAGGAAUCAUAUGCUCUUUGGACGGUGCUUAUAGCUCGAGGAUUUUUUGUGGGGCGAACUAUGCUCCUGAUGGGACAGGGGCCUGCAUCAACACUAUGGUUUUAUUUCAAGACAAAGUAUCAAGGUAGAGAAGAGAAGCUGAAGAUGGUAAUGAUGGAGCUUGGCAUGAUGUUCGAUCUCCUCUACACCAAAGCCAACGUGCUCCAGAGAAGGAUUGGUGUCCUAUUCCUGUGUGCUUCCCAGGCCUUGAUGGUCGUUGCCCUGGUUCUCUUCAUGAUACGACGUGAGGAAGGCGCCCACAAUAACAAGGUUAAUGUCGCGAUUACCUACACAUUAUUCAGUGGCGCCAUUUUUGUGGAGACCUGCUGUGUUGCUGCGGCGAUUGCGUCGCCUUGGACAAGGGCACACUUGAAGGAGAGCAGCUGCCUUCAUGGUCUCAGUGACUCCUUGUUUGAGGCUGUUCAUCUGUGCAAAUCCACCGCUAAUAACAUGGCACAGUUUAACUUAUUGGAUCACUGCAUCUCUGUCAACUCCAAACCAAGAGUUUUCUCAAAGGCCCUCAGUGCUAUUGGUCUGGAUAAGCAAUGGUACGUCCACCACAUGGAUAAGCAAUGCUACUGGUGGAUUAUCAACCGUGUUUUGGAACAUUUGGCCACAUUGCCCGACGAAUUCUCAGGUCUAGCAACUGUACACUUUACAAUUAAUGCACCCACUGAACAUCCAGUAUGGUUCAACCAGCUGAGUACAUCCUUCGAGCAAGUCCUCUACGGCUUACACCUAUACACUGACCUACAUCUAAGCAGGCACUUCAACAACUGCAGCACGGGUAGCGUCGUACAACCACCUCCACCUGAGAUUAUGCGACUUAAGGAAGAAUGCGAGACACUAUCAAACUACAUGAUGUACCUGAUGGUGGUGCAUCCUUCCAUGUUGCCAGUCAACACAGUUGCGGCAGGAGAUCUUGUUCAACAACUUAUUGGCUGGGUUACUAACCACCCUGGACAUGGGGCGACGACGACCAAGCUAGCAAUUCUGCGAGGGUACUCAAGGACCUUUUACAUUCUGGGCAUAGACGAACCAGGCCAACACAGAUCAUUUUAUUAUUUGCAUCACUUACUUACGCAGAUCAAGGAGAUGUGGGUGAGGCUUCUCAUGUAUGCUGCUGGCAAAUGCAGCGGAGAGGUGCACGCACGCCAACUUGGUGAAGGACGUGAGCUCAUCACCUUUGUCUGGCUACUCAUGCUGCAUCAUGGACUUGGAGACAUGGCAGCUGAGUUCAAGCUUUUAAGAUCUAAUGAUCCAAAUGUAGCCGAGCGGGGGGCGUGGAUUGUUUCACCUCCAGGAAAUUAUCAAGAGCCGACUUGUGCCUUCAACCACGUGACCUUUGUAGUCCAUUGUAAAAGAAAUGUCUCUAUGCUCUUUACUCAUACAUUACAACAAUUUUUUUUGUAAGUUUACACUUAUGCAAGUAACCUAGAGCCUUAGCAACUGAAAUGUUUUAGGUUAGGUUGCCUAGAUACAGUGGAGGGUGGAACUGGAACCAAUAUGUGAUUCGUUAUAUGUAUACUGCCGCAGGUUGCCAUUUAUUCAAUACAACAGUACAUGUGUACAUAAU